AUGUCGCUCUACGGCAACGGGCCCGGCACCGCCAACGACUGGCACUUCAUCUACGCAGCCUGCGAUUACCUCUUCAAUUUGUUCCCCAAGAAGGCGGCCACGGCCAUCGAAGAUGAGACCGACCUCGCGCAGGACAAGGUCGACCGAAGAUCAGAGGAUGCCACGGCCACCGAGACCACCGUCUCGCUGCAAGACCUCCUGCCUUCCGACGUGGAAGAAUUCGACAAUAGAGCUUAUGUCUCGUCGUUGAUAACUUCUAUCCUCUCGCACAAAUUCGAAACACCCGUGGCUGCCACUGCCGACAUGCCACAAGGGCCCCCUCCUACCGCCAUCUCCAAAGAGUCGAUUCCAUCAGCAGCAAGGAAACAGAAGCGGGUUGACGAUGUCACUGACACGGACACUCGCUCACGUUCCCUGCAACUUGGUUCCCAAGCACCCGUGGCCGCCAGUGCCCACGUGCCACACAAAUUGCCUCCCCCCGUCGUCCCUGGAUCUUCGACUCCGUCGCCUUCCGCAAAAGCAGCGGGGAAAAGGAAGCGGGUCGACGAUGCCACUACCGCACGGCACCCCUCGAAACGAACAAAGAUGGACAGCAUGGGCGCGGUUGAAAUAACCCUCCCACCGGCCAUGCCACCACCGCAUCUCAUGGUCUUCAAACCAACCAACGAGGACGUCGAUGCCCGUUCUCAAAAGAAGGACAAGCAGAGACCACAAACGGCCGCGCACGCGCGCGGCCCACGCCUCGACGAUUCGACGUCACCUUUCCAAGGGCCAUCCACAAUGCCCAACUGGUUCUACACCCCGCCGGUAAACGGCCUGGCUCCCUAUCCAUACGAGGCCCCGCCGACCUCGCACGACACCUACCCAAUCUUCAACGACGCCGCGGGCCCUCCCUACGGCGCCCCUCCGACCGCCUCCGACGGCACAGAAGACUCCGACGACGUCUUCUACGACAGCGGAGAGCCGUUCUACAGCGACCUACAGCUCUUCGGCCAUAUCGCCGGCGCCACGGGGCAGUUGCGAUAUGACGUGGAGACCCUCUCGGCCGAAGAAGCGGCAUGGCUGGACCAACUGGCCAUCGCUUUCGACGCGCGGGUCCCCAGCGACCGUGCGCAGGCGAUCCCCGACACACCGCAAUUAGAUGCCCUCUCGAACAGCCAAGAGGCUUGGCUCUCCCAGCCGCCGUUCACUCCCGGCGUGCAGGUUCCCACCGGGCGCGCGCAGACGGUUCCCAACACACCGCAAUUGGAUGCCCUCUUGGACAGCGGAGACGCCUGGCUUGUCCAGCCGCCACUCGCUCCCGGCGCGCAGGUCCCCACCGGGCGUGCGCACGCGGUCCCCAGCACCCCGCAAUUGGUGUACAGCGUGCCACAGAACCCAAACGCCGCGCAGUACUUCGGCAAUAGCGCGGCCGCCGUCGCAGCGGCCCACCCACCCGCCGCGAUCCCCCACCCUGCCCCGCAUCCGCACCCGCGUCCGAGGCAGACUCUCUACGCGUCCACCCUCAAAGCCGCCGCUCUUGCCAAAUUGCUUCGGAUCGACGGGCGUGACAAGCGCUUGGUGCGCUUGGUGGAAGGAGGCGCCAGGGUGCCGCCGGACUGUCGGAGUUGCGCUACGGCGGGUGCGGGGGCUCAUAUCGCGACAGACGAGCGCUCUGCGCACUUGGAGAAACAGGCCGGAGCGUCGAGCGGACAAGACGAUGUCAGGAGACAUCGCCCUCUUGUAUUGACGCGAUCCACCGCCUCGCGGCUAGCUUCGACAUAUGUCGCGGGCGUCGCGCGCUCCUGA